AUGGGGGAAAGACGUGCACACUCCUUUCACAUGACGUGUCAUGUGCAACGCGACUAUGGUAGCAGGAUGGGGAGCUCCUUCAUAAGUUGCAGACCCAAUGGAUAUGCCAGCACGAGCCUCAGCCUCAGCCUGGACCAGGAGAUGGACGCAGCCUCCACCGGCACUACAACUACCAGCUCUGCCCUACGGGCUCCUGCUCCCGACAGAAGCCACUACUCUCCUGUUUCACUGGAACUGGACCCCACAGCGGUGAAUAAUGGAUCAGGCAUUCCCUGCUGUCCGCCAGCAGACACAAUGAACCCAGCACGGCAGACCAUACACAGCCAGCCCUCCAUCACCUCCGUCCCUCCGCCUCUCCCUCGUUCGAGCUGGCUGCAUCAUCAUCAAAAGGAUUUCCAGAGCCCUUACAUCAAGACUAGCAUGCAGGGGGAUGUUUACAACUUCCUAGAGAGACCUGCUGGAUUGAAAUGCUUCCUCUACCACUUCCUCGUCUUCCUCAUGGUCCUGGUGUGUCUAAUCUUCAGUGUCCUGUCCACGAUAGAGCAAUAUGCGGAGUUUGCCACCGGUACCCUCUUCUGGAUGGAGAUUGUGCUGGUGCUGUUCUUUGGCACAGAGUAUGUGGUCCGGCUGUGGUCGGCAGGCUGUCGCAGCAAAUAUGCAGGCAUCAAAGGACGCCUCCGCUUUAUCAGGAAGCCCAUAUCAAUCAUAGAUUUGAUAGUGGUCAUUGCCUCAAUUAUUGUGCUCGGUGUAGGUUCCAAUGGCCAAGUGUUUGCCACGUCUGCCAUCAGGGGCAUCCGUUUCCUCCAAAUUCUGCGCAUGCUCCAUGUGGAUAGACAGGGAGGGACGUGGAGACUCCUGGGAUCUGUGGUCUUUAUUCACCGACAGGAGCUGAUCACCACGCUGUAUAUCGGCUUCCUGGGCCUGAUCUUUUCCUCCUACUUUGUCUACUUGGCGGAGAAGGAUGCUGUGGAUGAGGAGGGCAAGACGGGCUUCUCCAGCUAUGCCGAUGCCCUGUGGUGGGGCGUGGUGACUGUCACCACAAUUGGCUACGGAGACAAAAUUCCUCAGACGUGGAUAGGCAAGGCCAUUGCCUCCUGCUUCAGUGUCUUCGCCAUCUCCUUCUUUGCUCUGCCCGCUGGUAUCCUGGGCUCAGGGUUUGCCCUGAAAGUGCAACAGAAGCAGAGACAGAAGCACUUCAACAGACAGAUCCCUGCUGCAGCCUGCCUCAUCCAGACGCUUUGGAGGUGCUAUGCAGCAGAGAAACCAAACGGCUGUGCUGCUACAUGGAAAAUGUAUUCUCUAACUCCAGAGGCUGUCACUUCAGUGGAACCUGACAACUUUGGCCCUCAUGUCAGGAAACUCAACAUAUCGAAAAAGGGGACCAAGAGGAGGCUGAAGUCCAGAGGUAAUGGCGCCAUGGAUGUGGCCUCAGAGCGAGCUGUAUCGAUCCCCCAAAUCACCUACGAUCACAUUGAUGACUCUGAGGAGAAGAAAGACGUUUCAUUUUUCCUGGAGGAGCCACGAGGGGCUGUUGAUGGAAUCACCAGGAUGUUCAGACAAACAGGCCCUCCACAUCAUUCUUGGUCGUCUUUCACUCUGAGCUGCCCUGCCUCUCCAGUAAGGAGGAAUCACAAUCUCAGCACCUCCAUCGACAUCUCCCGCGCCAACAGUUUAACAGAUGAGCUGGACUACAUGACUGAGGACAUCCCCCUGCCUGUGGGUUCAAACCAAAAUCAGCAUGAGUUGUCCCAUGCCCAGAGAUCAGCUGUAAAAGUCCUCCGCAGAAUGCAGUACUUUGUGGCAAGGAGGAAAUUUCAGCAAGCACGGAAGCCCUAUGAUGUGCGAGAUGUGAUCGAGCAGUAUUCCCAGGGUCACCUCAACAUGAUGGUCCGCAUCAAGGAGCUGCAGAGAAGGCUGGACGGCACACUGGGGAAACCAGGAAUGUUUCUUCCAGGAAAAGGAGAGGAUAAAGAAUUCCCAACUAUUGGAGCACGUCUGAUCAGACUUGAAGAUAAGGUGCAUAAGAUGGACCAGAAAGUGGACUCAGUCCUGCGUAUCCUGAUGGAGCAGUUUCCGCCGAAGCUGGAGCUAACGUCCAAGCCCUCCAUCCGCAGGGUGACCAUCCAGAAAUGCAUGGGUGCCAGCAUUGAUGAAGAGCUCUGAUUUCACAGCGGUGGUCACACCAGGUAUGAAGGUGAACCAAAGGACCAGGAGUUCACAUUAACAGCACAGCCCCUAGCAUGGGGGGCCAGCAUGCGCAUAAAAUGGGAUUCAGUCUUCCAAAAGCCCUUCCUCUUGCAGUCCCACAUUUUCUCAUUGACUUUUUACCACUGAGGAGAAAACAACUUUUGAUUAUCUGCUUGCUCUGGGACAUGAGGGCAACUGAGAGUUGGAUUCACAGUGUAGAAAGAAGUCUGACUGGACUCUUCCCUCUGAUGAUUGUUGACCCUGUUUGGGUCCUCUUUUUUUGCCUAAUGGCUCUUUCCCACUGCACAAAAACCUGCUAAUACCCGCAAACACAACACACAAC